UGAAGAAAGAUAUUUUGGGGAGGAGUAAAAAAUAGCCUGGCACUCUACGCUGGUUUACAUGUCAGAGAACUUGAGCUGUAGGGAGUGACAGACAGAGGUAGUGAACUUUACAUAGAGCCUGAUCCAUGUCUGUAGUCCAUGCGCUCCCUGUGUGGCAUGCUUCCCUGUGACUUCCUGUAGGAGAGGAAUCUAGGGAAGUUAUCCGUCCGGUCCGCGUGAGGUGCACAGGACCUUUGAGUGACUCCAUAUAUAACAAAGUUGAAACUUGAAUACCAUACAUUCGUCUUUGUCUUCCUGACAGGUAGGUGUUGCGUUUUGAGGAGUCUGCAUAUACUUGUAGACAUAAUAUGCAUUCUAUCUAUCUAUAAAUCCAUCUAUUGAUUUGAAUUGUCGACUUCGGGGCCCACUUGAUAUUAUAUGUGUAUGAGUUGUAAUGUUAGCUCGUAGUUGUAAUAACUGCUUAAAAAGUUGUAAUAACUGCUGAAAAAGUUGUAAUAACUGCUUAAAAAGUUGUAAUAACUGUUUAAAAAGUUGUAAUAACUGCUGAAAAAGUUGUAAUAACUGCUGAAAAAUUGUAAUAACUGUUUACAAUGUCAGCUUUUAUAAUGGUAGUACUUAAAGUGUUAGUGUUACAUGGCAGCCUCUAUCAAAGGGACGUGGUGGGGCAUUAUGAGGACCUUCCCACUGUUUAGUGCAACUCAACUGUAUUCUGAAUUGGCCAUAAUAGAGGUCAGAUUGGUAUGUUAAUGUGCUGUCAGAUGGAGCAUGGCAUUUCUCUUGGACGAAAAGGGACGCACUUUAAUGGGCAACAAUGCACAGUGAGAUGGUAGUCAGUGUUAAUUAAAAACACAGUGAGAUGGUAGUCAGUGUUCAUUAAAGACACAGUGAGAUGGUAGUCAGUGUUCAUUAAAAACACAGUGAGAUGGUAGUCAGUGUUAAUUAAAAACACAGUGAGAUGGUAGUCAGUGUUAAUUAAAAACACAGAUGCUAAAUGUGCUGGUUGAAAAUAAGAAGAUUUAACUUCAAUCACAUGCUGAAACUAUUCAUUAGAGAGCAGCGGGUACAAACAGUUCUUUACUCCAACUCAUAGACCUAGACUACAUCAAAUGAAAAACCUGGAUAUAAAUAUGUUUGUUGAAAGAUUUUGUUGGGAGGCUCCCCAACAAUCAAAGUAAUACAAAGAGACAGUGUUGUAUUAAAACUCAGCGAGGCUAUACGUUUGAACUUCCACAUUUUCUCUUUAUAGAUGUACGGUACAGCAAUUAGUAACCAGAGCCAAAGUAAUGGCCCUAUUAUAUCAUAUGAGUACAUUCAGGCCCCCUGUUCAGCCGUUUGAGUCUUUAGGUUUGUGUCCCAAAUGGCACACUAUUCCCUUUAUAGUGCACUACCUUUGAUGGGCCUUGGUCAAAAGUAGUGCACUAUAAAGGGAAUAGGGUGCCAUUUCUGACCCCAGUAUAGGUCUGCAUGCACCGUACCCCCGGACAAAGGGUUAUAAUGAGGUUACAAUGAGGAUCUGCGAUAGUGACAGCAAAGUGUUGGCCAAUACUUUCAUCUUCUGACACACAUAUGUCAUGGUUAAUCAAUGGUUUGCUCUUAACGGCUUUCAGCUGUCAAAAUCUGGCCUUGGUUUUUAUUUCCCAGGUUAUGUAAUUGCAGCUUGAGGCGUUUUUAUAGGAUUCAUGAGGGGACUUUUUAGAAAGGGCUGCUCAAACUCAGAGGAAGCCCCGUGCCAAAACAAACUGGCAUGCUGAAAGACUUCAGGCUUCACAAUGGAUUUUCCUCCUGAAUGCAAAAACGAGCCCCUAUCCAAAUAUAUACAGCAAGAACAUCAAUAGUAACCAUGGUGUGAACUCAACUGUCUCUUGUAGCUUUAAUACUAUAAUAAAGAAAAAGCAUUUCUUCAGCUUUUGUCUGUGUUCUGUGUCGAACCAUAUACUGUGUGCCGCACUAUACACACACACACACACACACACACACACACACACACUAAACCAUUCCCCCCCCCCCCCCCCCCCCCCCCCCCCCCCCCCCCAGUCCUUGUUGGCAGGAUGAUGGGUCAUGUGUUGUCGUUCGGCCGCUCCCUGGUGAGGAGGAAGGUAGUGGACCUCAACAGUCUGGAGGACUCCAAGCUGUGCCGUUGCCUGGGUACUGUGGACCUCAUUGCCCUGGGCGUAGGCAGCACCCUGGGGGCUGGGGUCUAUGUCCUGGCUGGAGAGGUGGCCAAGGGAAACUCAGGCCCCAGCAUCGUGGUCUCCUUCCUCAUCGCUGCCCUGGCCUCUGUCAUGGCUGGCCUCUGCUACGCUGAGUUUGGAGCCCGUGUGCCCAAGACUGGCUCUGCCUACCUCUACAGCUAUGUAACUGUUGGAGAGCUGUGGGCCUUCAUCACUGGCUGGAACCUCAUCCUCUCCUAUGUGAUAGGUGAGUUUGUUAUAGUGGUCUAAAUAUACUAUACUGCCCACAUGAACUUUUCUUUUGAAGUAACAGAUACUAUGCUGAGUUUGACAAUGCUAAUGAAACAUAAAGGUAGAACAAUUCUACUCAAUAUUCCCCUUUCACAGGCACCUCCAGUGUGGCCAGGGCUUGGAGUGGGACGUUUGAUGAGCUGAUUGGAGGACACAUUGAGACGUUCUGCAAGACCUACUUCAGCAUGAACUCUCCAGGCCUGGCUCAGUACCCAGACUUCUUUGCAGUCUGUCUCAUUCUACUUCUGUCAGGUAAAGUACUGUAGCAACUGUGGCUAACUGAGCUCCUGUUUAGAAUUCUACUUCUGUCAGGUAAAGUACUGUAGCAACUGUGGCUAACUGAGCUCCUGUUUAGAACUCUACUUCUUUCCGGUAAAGUACUGUAGCAACUGUGGCUAACUGAGCUCCUGUUUAGAACUCUACUUCUGUCAGGUAAAGUACUGUAGCAACUGUGGCUAACUGAGCUCCUGUUUAGAACUCUACUUCUUUCAGGUAAAGUACUGUAGCAACCGAGGCUAACUGAGCUCCUGUUUAGAACUCUACUUCUGUCAGGUAAAGUACUGUAGCAACUGUGGCUAACGGAGCUCCUGUUUAGAACUCUACUUCUGCAUCCCAAAUGGCAGCCUAUUCUCUUUGUAAUGCACUAAUUUAGGGCCAUAGGGCCCUGAUCAAAAGUAGUGCACUAUAUAGGGAUUAGGGUGUCAUUUGGUACGUAAACUACAUCUCAUCCCCUGACUGUCUGAAGUUUAUAUCAACAGAAAUUGGAAUGGGUAUCUUUUCCAUAUCAAUGGGCACUCGUCUUAGCAGCAAUAUUUUGUUCCACAUCUUCAAUGUAAUAAGGAAUGGCAAAACGUUGUUUUAUGAGUGGUAGUACUAACAUGGUGGAGAGGCCCUCUUUCCCUGAACGUCUACCUUGUGUCAGAGCUACCCAGGCAGAGGUGCUCCUCUCUGUUCAGGACAACUGACAAGCCCUCUGUAGCUACCGUUACACAUUACACACUACACAGGAGCUUGACAUGGCUAGAGAGUUCACCACUUUCAGAGGGACACGGUGUGUCGAUGUCAACAAGACUUUUCUGUGAAACAAUCAGAAACUGUUAAAUGUCAUCAUGUGUUUUCACUGCUGCUGAGCCAAAAACUCUCAAAUGCAGUGAUUGGAUUACUCCAAUGUUCCGGAGGCAAACCUCCAUAGCGAUGCAAUGUUUGCUGUUCUAAAGGUCUUAGAUACUGGGAGUAGCGGUGUUAGUUACCUAGAGUUAGAAUAUGAUAAUAAUAGACCUUUCUGUUUGGAUCACCUGCCAAAAUGACCAGAAAUGUUUCAAAACACCAGAGACUUAAUUAAAGUAUGUGUUAUGUAAUGUAUGUGUUAUGUAACACUAAAUACAUAAUCUCAGAUCAUAGUUGCAGGUAUUAAACAAGAUGUAAGAUACAUAUUUCACCUUUACUCAAUGCAUGUGCUGGAGGUGUGUAACAUUCUUCACAUAUCAUGGACACUCUAAUGUCUCAAGCCCAGGGUUGGGUAGGUUACUUUCUAAAUGCAAUCUGUUACAGUUACAUGUCUAAAAUUGUAAUCAGUAACUUAAUUUUUGGAUUACCCAAACUCAGUAACGUAAUCUGAUUACUUUCAGUUACUUUUGUAUGACUUUCCCCUUAAGAGGCAUUAGAAGAAGACAAAACGGAUCCAUCAAACACAUUUGGUGUAUCAUCAUAGUGGUCUCUGAAUUGUAGUCAAACUUAAACUUAAACUUGUUAUUGUAUUUUUUUUCGCAAACAUCCUUUCCGAAUUUAAAAGUAAUCAAAGAAGUAAUCAUCUAGUUUUUCAAAAGUAUGUGUGAUCAGAUUACAAUAUUUUAGCUGGUAACGUAACGGAUUACAGUAACAGUUUUUUUGGUAAUCAGAUUACAUGUCAUCAUUUACUCCCCCAACCCUGCACAUGACACUGUGUAUGUGUUCAGUAAGUUGAGUCGCUGAUGUGGAGGAUGUUGGACUCUAUAUUCUAUAUUCUUCUUCUUUAUUUUCUCCCUCAGGCCUCCUGUCGUUUGGGGUGAAGGAGUCAGCCUGGGUGAACAAGGUCUUCACUGCUGUCAACGUGCUGGUGCUCCUGUUUGUCAUCGUCUCUGGCUUCGUGAAGGGAGACCCACUCAACUGGAAAAUCUCUGAAGAAACUCUCAUCAAUGUCACCAUUGUCAAACGGUAAGGAUUGGAGGUGACCUGACUAUUGUGAGGACACUAAGUGUUUCACAAGAUUCCUGAUGGAUGUGGUUUGUGUGGUGCAGCGGUUAGUGCCGCGGACCCUGGCACAGAGUCAGCAUAGUUUCAUGGGUCCAACCCAUACUCUUAUGACUCAAAAUCUCCUCUUCACUGUCCUGUCUCAAUAAAUACAUGAUGUGUCUUCAGAAGGUAUUCACACCCCUUGACUUUUCCACAUUUUGUUGUGUUACAAAGUGGGAUUAAAAUGAAUUUAAUUGUAAUUUUUUGUCAACGAUCUACAAAGAAUACUCUGUAAUGUCAGAAUGGAAGACAAAACUCUAACAUUUGUAAUAAAUGUAAGAAAAAUAAAACACUAAUAUAUCUUGAUUACAUAAGUAUUCAACACCCUGAGUCAAAACAUGUUAGAAUCACCUUUGGCAGUUAUUACAGCUGUGAGUCUCUAGAUCUUUCCACACCUGGAUUGUGCAACAUUUGCCCAUUAUUAUUUUCCAAAAUUCUUCAAGCUCUGUCAAAUUUGUUGUUGAUCAUUGCUAGACAACCAUUUUCAGGUUUUGCCAUAGAUUUUCAAACAGAUUUAAGUCAAAACUGUAACUCGGCCAUUCAGGAACAUUCACUGUCUUCUUGGUAAGCAACUCCAAUGUAGAUUUGGCCUUGUGUUUUAGGUUAUUGUCCUGCUGAAAGGUGAAUUAAUCUCCCAGUGUCUGGUGGAAAGUAGACUUAAUCAGGUUUUCGUCUAGGAUUUUGCCUGUGCUUAGCUCCAUUUCAUUUCUUUUUUUAUCUUUAAAAACUCCCCAGUCCUUAACGAUUACCCAUAACAUGACGCAGCCACCACUAUGCUUGAAAAUAUGGAGUGGUACUCAGUAAUGUGAUGUUUUGGAUUUGCCCCAAACAUAACACUUCAUAUUCAGGACAAAAUGUUAAUUGCUUUGCCAUAUUUUUUCAGUCUUAAUUAUUUAUAUAUUUUUAUAUUUAACCCUUAUUUUACCAGGUAAGUUGACUGAGAAAACAUUCUCAUUUACAGCAACGACCUGGGGAAUAGUUACAGGGGAGAUAAUUGAGGCAAUUAGAAGCUGGGGAUGAUUAGGUGGCCAUGAUGGUAUGAGGGCCAGAUUGGGAAUUUAGCCAGGACAGGGUUAACAGCCCUACUCUUACAAUAAGUGCCAUGCGAUCUUUAGUGAUCAGAGUCAGGACACCUGUUUAACGUCCCAUCCGAAAGACGGCAUCUUACACAGGGUAAUGUCCCCAAUCACUGCCCUGGGGCAUUAUGAUAUUUGUUUUUAGACCGUCCCUCCAACACCACUUCCAGCAGCAUCUGGUCUACCAUCCAGGGACAGACCAGGACCAACCCUGCUUAGCUUCAGAGGCAAGCCAGCAGUGGGAUACAGGACUUUAGUGCCUUGUUGCAAACAGGAUGCAUGUUUUGGAAUAUUUGUAUUCUGUACAGGCUUCCUUCUUUUCACUCUGUCAAUUAAGUUAGUAUUGUGGAGUAACUACAAUGUUGUUGAAUCAUCCUCAGUUGUCUCCUAUCACAGCCAUUAAACUGCAACUGUUUUAAAGUCACUAUUGGCCUCAUGGUGAAAUCCCUGAGCGGUUUCCGUCCUCUCUGGCAACUGAGUUAGGAAGGACUCCUUUAUCUUUGUAGUGACUGGGUGUAUUGAUACACCAUCCUAAGUGUAAUUAAUAACUUCACCAUUCUCAAGGGGACAUUCAAUGUCUUAUUUUCUCAAAUGUUUACCCAUCUUCCAAUAGGUGCCCUUUCCCUGGUCUUUGUGGUUGAAUCUGUGUUUGAAAUUCACUGCUUGACUGAGGGACGGACCUUACAGAUAAUUGGAUGUGUGGGGUACAGAGAUGAGGUAGUCAUUCAAAAAUCACGUUAAACACUAUUAUCACACACAGAAUAUGCAACGUAUUAUGUGACUUAUUAAGCACAUUUUUACUCCUGAACUUAUUUAGGCUUGCCAUAACAAAGGGGUUCAAUACUUAUUGACAAGACAUUUCAGUUUUUCAUUUUGAAAUAAUCCAUUUUAAGUUCUGGCUGUAACACAACAAAAAUUUGGAAAAAGUCAAGAGGUGUGAAUACUUUCUGAAGGCACUGUAUGUUUAAAAAUAAAAAUAAAUUAUGCAUGAUAAUAAUCUAUACGCUCACAAUCAAUCACCAUAUGUCCCACUACUAAUAAUAUGAACACUGAAAUGAGGCAGUUACGUUUCCGUAUGCCCCUCUGUUUACGUACUGUAUGUAUUCCAGGAACCUGUCUGUGACUGCUAAUGUGACCAGUGAUUAUGGUGCAGGGGGGUUCAUGCCCUUUGGCUUCAGUGGGACCCUGGCUGGAGCUGCCACCUGCUUCUAUGCCUUUGUCGGAUUUGACUGCAUCGCAACAACAGGUGUGUCUUUUAAGACAAUACCCAUCAUCAAUGUAGAUCAUUCCCUCUCAAAACAUGCACUAUCAUGGAUCAACGAGGUACAUUGCUGCAGAGUCAAAUAAUCACAGAGGUCAACCUAAACCACUUGGGGAUCUGAAUCUGAAUUUGAUCUGUAUCUGUGUGUGUGUGUAUACACCAGGUGAGGAGGUAAGGAACCCUCAGAAGGCCAUUCCCAUCGGCAUUGUGGUGUCCCUGACGGUGUGCUUCCUGGCAUACUUCGGUGUGUCUGCUGCCCUCACCCUCAUGAUGCCCUACUACCUACUGGAUGAAAAGAGCCCCUUGCCCAUGGCCUUUGAGUACGUGGGCUGGGGCCCGGCUAAAUAUCUGGUGGCUGUGGGGUCACUGUGUGCCCUGUCAACCAGGUAAUGGACAUUUCCUAUACAUGCUUGAAUGUGAUGCUAUUCACAGGAUGCUUACCGUGUAGCUUUCCGUUAGGUCAAAUGUGAUGAGACUCAAUAAAGACAUAGUAAUAUAUAAAAUAACAGGUUUUUAAUUGUUUUAGAGUUCAAACAGAUCUAUAACAUUGAGCAUUAUUAUCAAGGCAACUAGCCUUUCCAGCCCAAAAUAAUGUGAAAUCUACAAUGACUGUCUAUGUGUUGGAUUGAUUCUCAUUGUUAAUUGUCCUACCUGCCAAGCUGCAGUCCUAUUGUUUUGAGAGAACUGCCUGUCUUGAUGUGCUAUAUCUCUGGGUUGAUGAUAGGCCGUUUGACUUGGCACUGUUUCAAUACAACAGUCUAAGCAUGUUCUGUUUCUGGCUUUCUUAUCCUUUGGUUCACUGAGUUCCUUCCUUGGUCCUGGGCUUCCCACUAUAGAGCCUCAUACUGUAACUCACAUAUCACAUCAAUCUCUGACAACUCUACUUAAAUCAUUAUUGCGCAAUACAUUGCAUUCGGAAAGUGUUCAGACCACUUCCCUUUUUCCACAUUUUGUUACGUUACAGCCUUAUUCUAAAAUUGAUUAAAUAUCUAUUUUUUCCUCAUCAAUCUACACACAAUACCCCAUAAUGACAAAGUGAAAACAGGUUUUUUGAAUCUUACACAUUUACAUAAGUAUUCAAACCCUUUGCUACGAGACUCGAAAUUGAGCUCAGGUGCAUCCUGUUUCCAUUGAUCAUCCUUGAGAUGUUUCUACAACUUUGAUUGGAGUCCACCUGUGAUAAAUUCAAUUGAUUGGAUAUGGAAUUUGGAAAGGCACACACCUGUCUAUAUAAGGUCCCACAGUUGACAGUGCAUGUCAGAGCAAAAACCAAGCCAUGAGGUCGAAGGAAUUGUCCGUAGAGCUCCGAGACAGGAUUGUGUCGAGGCACAGAUCUGGGGAAGGGUACCAAACAAUUUCUGCAGCAUUGAAGGUCCCCAAGAACACAGUGGCCUCCAUCAUUCUUAAAUGGUAGAAGUUUUGAACCACCAAGACUCAUCCUAGAGCUGGCCGCCCAGCCAAACUGAACAAUCGGGGAUGAAGGGCCUUGGUCAGGGAGGUGACCAAGAACCCGAUGGUCACUCUGACAGAGUUUUUUAUUUUUAUUUGUAAUACAUUUGCUAACAUUUCUAAAAACCUGUUUUUGCUUUGUCAUCUUUUAUAUAUUUUUCCUUUAUUUAACUAGGCAAGUCAGUUAAGAACAAAUUCUUAUUUACAAUGACGGCCUACACCGGCCAAACCCGGACGACGCUGGGCCAAUUGUGCGCCUCCCUAUUGGACUCCCAAUCACGGCCGGUUGUGAUACAGCCUGGAAUCGAACCAGGGUGUCUGUAGUGACGCCUCAAGCACUGAGAUGCAGUGCCUUAGACCGCUGCGCCACUUGGGAGUCAUUAUGGGGUAUUGUGUGUAGAUUGAUGGGGGAAAAAACUAUUUCAUCCAUUUUAGAAUAUGGCUGUAACGUAACAAAAUGUGGAAAAAGUCAAGGGGUCCGAAUACUUUACGAAUACACUGUAUAUACCUUAUUAAGUCAAGGUGGAUCAUAAAGCAGGUGUCCCCAACUAGAUUCCCCUGUGGGCCGAUUUUUUUCUUCAGCGGAUGGUCGGGGGCCAGAAAUAGUUAUAAAUAAUUUGUACACAAAAAUUGACCACAAAUAUCCAAACAGAUAUAGUAUUUGACAAAAACGGAAUAAUUUCAAACCUUGAUUACAUUGGGAUACAAUCACAUAUGCCUCUCUAUUUAUGCGUGGGAAUAAUUGGGAACAGAUUUUCUAAAUAUGCAUUUUUUGCUGAUUUAAUAAUAAAUUAAAGAACCCGCCGGCUGCCUAUUGGGGAAUCCUGAUAUACUGUACAUAUUGGUAUUAAGCCCAUUAAUACAUCAAUAACUCUCCUCUCCUCUGGGUCUUCUGGGUCCUCUGGGUCUUCUGGGUCCUCUGGGUCUUCUGGGUCCUCUGGGUCUUCUGGGUCCUCUGGGUCUUCCCUCAGGCCUUUUAAAGUCUGCAAAAUAACACCUGAGCAAUGUCCUAUUUGCAAUAACCUUCAGAGAGGUUCAGGAAAGGUGAUAUAGUGGAGAUGCUGUCAGCGACCGUUGGACGAAUGGGGCCAUAAGACAAGAAAGACACUCUCUGUUAUUAUGCUCUUUAGCUUUGCUGAAGUGACUUUCGUGUGUGUAUUGUGGGUGUGUGUGUGUAUUGUGUAAGUGUUGGUGUGUGUUGGGGGCUCCUGACUAACGUGUUGGUCCUUGUGCAUGUCUCUGCUGUUCCAUGCAGUCUGCUGGGUUCCAUUUUCCCUAUGCCACGUGUAAUCUAUGCUAUGGCAGAGGAUGGGGUGCUUUUCAAAGCCUUAGCCCGAAUCAAUCCUAAGACGAAGACCCCGCUUAUUGCCACAAUGAGCUCCGGUGUAGUUGCAGGUGAGAGCUGGGGAAAGUGCUUUGACAUCACUGCUGCUGAAACUGUAUCCACCAAUCAACUGUGAAAGGAAAUUAUGCAGAUAAAAUCUCCCAAAAAGAGAGUAACAAGUCCGGUGACUGUGGAAAUUCACCAAAAUGUCCCCCCAACCCAUGUUUUGAUUAAUUAUGAUUGGUCAAAACAUUUGUAGAAGCUUCAGUCCUAUUUGGUCAGAGUUUUGCGGGCUUGGUACAGACGUACACUUUAUUCUUUCACAGUUGUGCAGGUGUCCAUUCCUUUUCAGAGUGCCUUGUGUUUGAACCCUGACCCCUUUCUCUCCCUAGCCUGUUGGGCUCCAUGUUCCCUCUGCCCCGCAUUCUCUUUGCCAUGGCACGAGAUGGCUUACUGUUCAAAUUUCUUUCCCAAGUGAGUAAGCGCCAGUCGCCUGUGACUGCCACCAUGGCGGCGGGCACUACCGCGGGUAAGCUCCUGAGGAGGCCUGGUGUGGCAUCUCGUCUGGUGUGGUUACGUUGUGUCAUCGUUGGGUCAACAUUGUGCAUCUGAUUCUGCACUGGUGAUGACUGCAUGCCAAUGAUGUGCUGCUGGUGGUGGAAGCAUGAUGGAAAAAUCCCUUUCACAUCAAUCAAACUCUCUGGAUGGACAUGCCCCAUCCAUUCAGUUAGGCAUAGUAGUAGGCCUAAUUAUCAGUAGAGCAGGGGUACACAGCUCCAGUCCUCGAGGCUUUUGAAUCCCUCUGUUGUUCCUAACUGAUCAAUUAAUUUAUCAGAGAAGCCACACAGCUGGUUACCCAGCCAGGCCUAUCAAUCUCUGAUCAGAAGACAGACAAAAGCCAGCGUAAACUCCCUCAACCCUAGAGGACCAGAGUAGUGUUGUAGCCCUGCAGUCAGUAGACCUAUAGAGGACCAGAGUAGUGUUGUAGCCCUGCAGUCAGUAGACCUAUAGAGGACCAAAGUAGUGUUGUAGCCCUGCAGUCAGUAGACCUAUAGAGGACCAGAGUAGUGUUGUAGCCCUGCAGUCAGUAGACCUAUAGAGGACCAGAGUAGUGUUGUAGCCCUGCAGUCAGUAGACCUAUAGAGGACCAGAGUAGUGUUGUAGCCCUGCAGUCAGUAGACCUAUAGAGGACCAGAGUAGUGUUGUAGCCCUGCAGUCAGUAUACCUAUAGAGGACCAGAGUAGUGUUGUAGCCCUGCAGUCAGCAGACCUAUAGAGGACCAGAGUAGUGUUGUAGCCCUGCAGUCAGCAGACCUAUAGAGGACCAGAGUAGUGUUGUAGCCCUGCAGUCAGCAGACCUAUAGAGGACCAGAGUAGUGUUGUAGCCCUGCAGUCAGUAUACCUAUAGAGGACCAGAGUAGUGUUGUAGCCCUGCAGUCAGUAGACCUAUAGAGGACCAGAGUAGUGUUGUAGCCCUGCAGUCAGCAGACCUAUAGAGGACCAGAGUAGUGUUGUAGCCCUGCAGUCAGCAGACCUAUAGAGGACCAGAGUAGUGUUGUAGCCCUGCAGUCAGUAGACCUAUAGAGGACCAGAGUAGUGUUGUAGCCCUGCAGUCAGUAGACCUAUAGAGGACCAGAGUAGUGCUGUAGCCCUGCAGUCAGUAGACCUAUAGAGGACCAGAGUAGUGUUGUAGCCCUGCAGUCAGUAGACCUAUAGAGGACCAGAGUAGUGUUGUAGCCCUGCAGUCAGUAUACCUAUAGAGGACCAGAGUAGUGUUGUAGCCCUGCAGUCAGUAGACCUAUAGAGGACCAGAGUAGUGUUGUAGCCCUGCAGUCAGUAGACCUAUAGAGGACCAGAGUAGUGUUGUAGCCCUGCAGUCAGUAGACCUAUAGAGGACCAGAGUAGUGUUGUAGCCCUGCAGUCAGUAGACCUAUAGAGGACAAGAGUAGUGUUGUAGCCCUGCAGUCAGCAGACCUAUAGAGGACCAGAGUAGUGUUGUAGCCCUGCAGUCAGUAGACCUAUAGAGGACCAGAGUAGUGUUGUAGCCCUGCAGUCAGUAGACCUAUAGAGGACCAGAGUAGUGUUGUAGCCCUGCAGUCAGCAGACCUAUAGAGGACCAGAGUAGUGUUGUAGCCCUGCAGUCAGCAGACCUAUAGAGGACCAGAGUAGUGUUGUAGCCCUGCAGUCAGUAGACCUAUAGAGGACCAGAGUAGUGCUGUAGCCCUGCAGUCAGCAGACCUAUAGAGGACCAGAGUAGUGUUGUAGCCCUGCAGUCAGUAGACCUAUAGAGGACCAGAGUAGUGUUGUAGCCCUGCAGUCAGUAGACCUAUAGAGGACCAGAGUAGUGUUGUAGCCCUGCAGUCAGCAGACCUAUAGAGGACCAGAGUAGUGUUGUAGCCCUGCAGUCAGUAGACCUAUAGAGGACCAGAGUAGUGUUGUAGCCCUGCAGUCAGUAGACCUAUAGAGGACCAGAGUAGUGUUGUAGCCCUGCAGUCAGUAUACCUAUAGAGGACCAGAGUAGUGUUGUAGCCCUGCAGUCAGUAUACCUAUAGAGGACCAGAGUAGUGUUGUAGCCCUGCAGUCAGUAUACCUAUAGAGGACCAGAGUAGUGUUGUAGCCCUGCAGUCAGUAUACCUAUAGAGGACCAGAGUAGUGUUGUAGCCCUGCAGUCAGUAGACCUAUAGAGGACCAGAGUAGUGUUGUAGCCCUGCAGUCAGUAGACCUAUAGAGGACCAGAGUAGUGUUGUAGCCCUGCAGUCAGUAGACCUAUAGAGGACCAGAGUAGUGUUGUAGCCCUGCAGUCAGUAUACCUAUAGAGGACCAGAGUAGUGUUGUAGCCCUGCAGUCAGCAGACCUAUAGAGGACCAGAGUAGUGUUGUAGCCCUGCAGUCAGCAGACAUAUAGAGGACCAGAGUAGUGUUGUAGCCUUGCAGUCAGUAGACCUAUAGAGGACCAGAGUAGUGUUGUAGCCCUGCAGUCAGUAGACCUAUAGAGGACCAGAGUAGUGUUGUAGCCCUGCAGUCAGCAGACCUAUAGAGGACCAGAGUAGUGUUGUAGCCCUGCAGUCAGCAGACCUAUAGAGGACCAGAGUAGUGUUGUAGCCCUGCAGUCAGCAGACCUAUAGAGGACCAGAGUAGUGUUGUAGCCCUGCAGUCAGUAGACCCACUUAAUAGUUGAAAGCUCCUCCAGGUUCAGCAUAGUCCAUGGGUGUAUGUCUCUGCUCUGCUCACUGAGACUAGGGCUAUAAGGUUAUAAGGUUAUAAGACUAUAAGGUUAUAAGGUUAUAAGGUUAUAAGACUAUAAGGUUAUAAGGUUAUAAGGUUAUAAGACUAGGGUUAUAAGGUUAUAAGACUAUAAGGUUAUACGUUUAUAAGGUUAUAAGGUUAUAAGACUAGGGUUAUAAGGUUAUAAGACUAUAAGGUUAUAAGGUUAUAAGGCUAUAAGGUUAUAAGGUCAUAAGGCUAUAAGGUUAUAAGGUUAUAAGACUAUAAGGUUAUAAGGUUAUAAGGUUAUAAGGUUAUAAGACUAUAAGGUUAUAAGGUUAUAAGGUUAUAAGGUUAUAAGACUAUAAGGUUAUAAGGUUAUAAGACUAUAAGGUUAUAAGGUUAUAAGGUUAUAAGGUUAUAAGACUAGGGUUAUAAGGUUAUAAGACUAUAAGGUUAUAAGUUUAUAAGGUUAUAAGGUUAUAAGACUAGGGUUAUAAGGUUAUAAGACUAUAAGGUUAUAAGGUUAUAAGGCUAUAAGGUUAUAAGGUCAUAAGGCUAUAAGGUUAUAAGGCUAUAAGGUUAUAAGGUUAUAAGACUAUAAGGUUAUAAGGUUAUAAGGCUAUAAGGUUAUAAGGUUAUAAGACUAGGGUUAUAAGGUUAUAAGACUAUAAGGUUAUAAGGUUAUAAGGCUAUAAGGUUAUAAGGUUAUAAGGCUAUAAGGUUAUAAGGUUAUAAGGUUAUAAGGCUAUAGGGUUAUAAGACUAGGGUAUAAGGUUAUAAGGCUAUAAGGUUAUGAGGCUAUAGGGUUAUAAGACUAGGGUUAUAAGGUUAUAAAGCUAUAAGGUUACCAGGCUGUAAGGUUAAGGCAUAUAGGGCUGUCUGUAGGGUUUCUCCCAGUGAGAUGGCUGACUGCAGCAUGCAGGGUCGAGGGACUUUGAUGCCAGCGGGUGUUUUUUCUAUAUUUAUUAUGUAACCUUUAUUCAUCCAGGAAGUUCCAUUGAGGUCAAAAUACCUAUUUUACCUGGGGUGCUAAGGACGUGUUAAGGUGGGAGUGGGGCUUGGGACGGGCACAGAGAGCAGCUGGUACCAGUGGAUAGACCCAGUAGAGUACACAGUGCCUGGUAGAGGGAUGGUAGGGGUCGGGGUUUGUUGUGAGCAGCGCCUCCUGACAUACCGCUGGUCUAUGUUUGAACCAUGCAGAGGUGAUCAGUCCCUUACUGUGGUCAGGUGCUGAGAUACAAGAGAGGGAGCUGAGCCAACUCCCCAGACUAUCUCACACCAAAGAACAUAGAUCUGGAGCUGAUUACAGAGGCAGUGUCCCGAAUGGCACCCUAUUCCCUAUAUAGUGCACUUCUCUUGACCAGAGCCCUAUGUGUAGUAGAGCCCUAGUAGUGCACUAUAAAGGGAAUAGGUUGCCAUUUGGGAUGCACACUGAGUUUUCAUUUGAAACCUGAGAAAGUUUUUGGUUGAAGGCACCUGUAUCUUAUACCCUAAACACCAGUGUCUGUGACUGUCUGUAAUAGCAAUCAUGGACUGUAUGAUGCAUCACCCAAACACUUUCUACUAACUGUUGGUUGGGACAAUAGACUAGAAACCUGCUUUAUUAAUGACUGUGUAAUUCUCUGUAAUAUGCUGCAUAAGGACGUAAUGAGUGGGGUUGUGGUUGUGUCGUAUUUUGGUUCAUUGAACUCUUAAAUGUUAUCCGUGUAAUCAUUAUUAUGCAUGAAUAAGUAUGAACAAUGAACAUACAGAGAUGGUUUUGAAAGUUUGUAUCUGACUUGUGUCUGUCUCGUCCCCUUCCCUCAGCGAUCAUGGCUUUCCUGUUUGACCUGAAAGCCUUAGUAGACAUGAUGUCCAUUGGAACCCUCCUGGCCUACUCCCUCGUUGCUGCUUGUGUACUCAUUCUCAGGUGAGUGAUGGAUGGGAUACAUCCACAGGGCUCUUGCAGCUAUUAACCUAACUAUUAUGUUUCAUUUCUAUCUAUUUAAAAACGUAUGUUCUCCAGUGGGUUAGUUGGUGGGAGCAUGGUGCUGGCAACACCAACUUUGUGGGUGUGAUUCCUACAAAGGCCAAAUAUACUAAAUAGGUCAUUCUUGAAUUGCGUUGGCAUUUGCAUCCCUCAGCUUUGCAACCAUGAAAAACCCUUUAAAAUUACAAAUAGUUGCACAUUAUACAUGUUUUUGUCUAUACUGAACUGUUUAUUAAUGAUAAAACACAAUGUCAUUUAAAACUUUACCUUAAUGCAUCGUUUAAAGUACUAAGAGCAAGCAAAUUGGCUUGUCCCAGUAGUAAUGAGUGUUUUGGGGAUUUAAAGAUUUAUAUCUAACAUUUUGAAUGCUAGAAAGUAAACAAAAGUAUGUAUGAUAUUGCAUAGAUCAAUAAGAACAAAGGCUAUUCAAAUAUAUAUAUAUAUAUUACUUUUUUUUACAAAUAUAAUGUGUCUCUUAGUUUAAUGUCAUUGGUGUUACCGCCUUAAAAAUCACUCAUAACAAAGAUAUAAACAGACCUUGAGCAUUCUCUCCAGGGGCAAAUUGUUAUCAGUGGAAGGGUCUAUAUUAAAUAAAAUUAUUAGCCAAUCAAACACUUUUAGUAUGUCAUACAUUUUAGGAUUCCAUUGAUAAUUUGGUGUGUCUAAAUAAAAAGUGUCAUUGGUGUUACUCAAUUUAAAUGAAGGAAAAUCACAUUGUGAGCAACAUGUUUAAUCAUAUCACUUUAGUAAAUUAUUUUAAAGGGUUAAUUACCUUAGAUUUUAGCAAAAAUCCUCAAUUACCUAAAAUGUGUCAUUGGUGUUACCAUCAUUGGUGUUACUACUCCUACUGGUGGCACCAUGUUAUCAUAACGGUACAACUUAUUUAAAGUCAUUACACUGCCAUAUUAGUGGAUUUAGAAUGGGAAGAUGUACCCAAAUACUGUAAAUUUAAAUAAAUAAACAUCUAGAAUAAUUAACUUGUUUUUUUUCUCAAAAUGCCAUGCCCAAAUCCCAUCGCAAUUCAAGAACGGCUUGAAUAUGUGUGGUAACUGUAAGUCACUUCAGAUAAAAUCAUCUGCUAAUGCUAAAUAACCAUAUUAUUAUCAAUCCACCCUAAGACCUAUAGCGAGGCAGCUUGAUUCAGUAGGGUGAAGGAACUUGAUACAAUUGACACAGCCGAAGUGUAGGUAGCCGUGCUUGUUGGGAAAAUAAAGCAAAUAUCAUUACCCUGUUAGAGUAAUAUGCAGCUUGUGUUAUUGAAUCAGAGCUAUGAUGUAAUCGGUCUGAAUGCUUCCUUUGUGUGGAAGUAGUGAAAUUACUUCUUGAGUUCACGCUGAUGUUUACUCAACCUUUCGUUGCAUGCGACUCGAGAUUCAAGAAACACACCAUCCUGUUUAGAGUUGUAGGCUAUGAAGUUCAGAGGAAUGUCUUCCAGGGAAAUAACCCUUUGACUCCAAACAGAAACAGAACAGCGUGUUUCUUGGUCAACAUAACCUAAAUUCCUUUCGGAAGUAUUUUGGAAAAACAUCAAAAUUAUGACUGAGACAGAUUAAUCUUGUAGGUUUAGAAAGUUUGAGUAAAUAUCAGCAUGUACUCAGGAAGCCAUGUACCCAAGUAUCACACAGUGUCAGUGUCACAUGUUGACUCUAGGGGCCCACCGUGCAACACAGGGAGGGGAGAACAAAACAAUGCCCACCUGUAUGAUCAAAACAAUGCCCACCUGUAUGAUCAAAACAAUGCCCACCUGUAUGAUCAAAACAAUGCCCACCUGUAUGAUCAAAACAAUGCCCACCUGAAUGAACAAAACAAUGCCCACCUGAAUGAACAAAACAAUGCCCACCUGAAUGAACAAAACAAUUCCCACCUGAAUGAACAAAACAAUUCCCACCUGUAUGAUCUAAACAAUGCCCACCUGUAUGAUCAAAACAAUGCCCACCUGUAUGAUUAAAACAAUGCCCACCUGUAUGAUCAAAACAAUGCCUACCUGUAUGAUUAAAACAAUGCCUACCUGUAUGAUUAAAACAAUUCCCACCUGUAUGAUCAAAACAAUGCCUACCUUUAUGAUUAAAACAAUGCCUACCUGUAUGAUCUAAACAAUGCCCACCUGUAUGAUCAAAACAAUGCCCACCUGUAUGAUUAAAACAAUGCCCACCUGUAUGAUCAAAACAAUGCCUACCUAUAUGAUUAAAACAAUGCCUACCUGUAUGAUUAAAACAAUGCCCACCUGUAUGUUCAAAACAAUUUGUUUCACUGCUAUACCACCAAUCCAGUCUGUUCUAGUUUUUCUAGUUUUACUUCACCUAACGUAACCCAGAAUAAUACUUAAAUAACUCAUGGUCUUAUUUUGUUUAACUGGAGAGAAAAGAAACAUGUGGUGAUAUGCUGUUUCACAACUGAAAGGAACAUUAGUGGUUUGACAUGGUAUUUGGUGGGUUUGCUAUUAAGAUACAUGUUUUCAGGGGAGCAGUCUGGCUGGUUUACUUGGUUGUCAGACUGCUCCCCUGAUAUGUUCUACUGAAAGGGUGUUGUCGCUUAAAAACUUCUUAAAUGUAACUAAAUGUAAUCUAAAAUGUAAUCUACGUAAUCCCCAAAAGUAAUUAUUUAUCAUGAGGGGGCCAUAAACAAUAACUAGUAAUGCUGCAUACUCCAAGAAAUGUUAAAAUCUCAAGUACACAGUACAAUAUAUGAUAAAAAUAUGAAAAUAUUAAAUAUUUUAUAUUGUAUUCCCUAUUCAACAAAACUGAAUAGUAUGUGGACACCACUUCAAAUUAGUGGAUUCAGCAAUUUCAGCCACACCCGUUGCUGACAGGUGUAUACAAUUUAGCACACCGCCAUGCAAUCUCCAUAGACAAACGUUGGCAGUAGAAUGGCCUUACAGAAGAGCUCAGUGACUUUCAACGUGGCACCACUUUCAAUGUGGCACCUUUCCAACAAGUCAUUUCGUCAAAUUGCUGCCUUGCUAGAGCUACCCCGGUCAACUGUAAGUGCUGUUAUUGUGAAGUGGAAACGUCUAGGAGCAACAAUGGCUCAGCCGCUAAGUGGUAGGCCACAGAACGGGACCGCAGAGUGCUGAAGCGUGUAGUGCUUAAAGAUUGUCUGUCCUCGGGUGCAACACACACUACCGAGUUCCAAACUGCCUCUGGAAGCAACUUCAGCACAAGAACUGUUCGUCGGGAGCUUCAUGAAAUGGGUUUCCAUGGCCAAGUAGCCGCACACAAGCCUAAGAUCACCAUGCGCAAUGCCAAGCGUCGGCUGGAGUGGUGUAAAGCUCGCUGCCAUUGGACUCUGGAGCAGUGGAAACUGGUUCUCUGAAGUGAUUAAUCACGCUUCAUCAUCUUGCAGUCCGAUAGACGAAUCUGGGUUUGGCGGAUGCCAGGAGAACGCUACCUGCCCGAAUGCAUAGUGCCAACUGUAAAGUUUGGUGGAGGAGGAAUAAUGGUCUGGGGCUGUUUUUCAUGGUUCGGGCUAGGCCCCUUAGUUCCGGUGAAGGGGAAUCUUAACGCUACAGCAUACACUGACAUUCUAGACAAUUCUGUGCUUCCAACUUUGUGGCAACAGUUUGGGGAAGGCCCUUUCCUGUUUCAGCAUGACAAUGCCCCCGUGCACAAAGCGAGGUCCAUACAGAAAUGGUUUGUCGAGAUCGGUGUAGAAGAACUUGACUGGCCUGCACAGAGCUCUGACCUCAACUCCAUCGAACACCUUUGGGAUGAACUGGAACGCUGACUGCGAGCCAGGCCUAAUCGCCCAACAUCAGUGCCCGACCUCACUAAUGCUCAUGGCUGAAUGGAAGCAAGUCCCUGCAGCAAUGUUCCAACAUCUAGUGGAAAGCCUUCCCAGAAGAGUGGAGGCUGUUAUAGCAGCAAAGGGGGGACCAACUCCAUAUUAAUGCCCAUGAUUUUGGAAUGAGAUGUUUGACGAGCAGGUGUCCACAUACUUUUGGUGAUGUAGUGUAUUCAUAACUAACCCAAGAUAGUUCAUCUAUGACGUUUACAGUGGGAGCAAAUGAAGCAUAGAGGACAGAACAAGCAAGGAGGUGGGCAGAGCCAAGCAUGAGCUAGCGAGAUCCUAUUAGCGCGUUGUAGCAUGUAUUUGCAUAUUUCUGUUAGGGAAAGCCUCCACUGUGAAGUGUGCGUGGGCACAAACUCAACUCGACCUUGCACUCCUUCUAAACAACGCAAUUUUUUUAAAACUUUGGCAAAGCGUCAAGUCUAUAAAACGUAGUGUUCUGUGGUUGUAACAGAUUGUAGUUUUGGGAACAGAAAACAUUUAUUGAUAUCAGAUGUUUCAACGAUGAGAAAAUUACCAGAAUGUCGGACCAGUUUCACCUGGUUCCAUCCUAUCCCUCUACUGGUGACUGGACUUCCUCUCACUACCAUAUUUGGUGGUGAGAGAAUAUUCUCAGCUUUAUAGCCCCUGUGACGUGUCUGGGUUUCCCCUUCAGUCUGUGGACAUACUCCUGUGCCAGUGAGAAUCAGGGCUACCGCUCAAUGCAAGACAUUUCAAUCAACGGUGUCCACAGAUCAAUUUCUAAGCAAAAAUGUCAGUCGGAACCGGUACCAGAACCACACAGGUCCCCUAAACAGGGGACUUUACAUCUAAGAGGUUUAAUAGCAAACCCACCAAAUACGAUACCAAACCACUAAUGUUCCAGUCUUUCGGUUGUGAAACUAAAUAAGACAAAAUAAGUGUCUGUCGUUUUUUUCAGGUACCAGCCGGAUCUGCUCUAUGGAAAGCCAGGGUGUAACAGGGAGAAGGAUGGCCUGACAUCACCGGAAGGGGAGUCAGAGCUGACGGAGUCUGAGUCCCACAUCAACAUGCUGAAGGGAGGAGGUUCCACCCUGCAGACAGUGCUCAAACCUCCACUGGUACCCACCGAACAGUCCUCCUCUGUGGUCAACAUGGCGGUCUGCCUCUUAGGUUUGCAUUGCAUCACUGAUUUACUCUCAAACUCCAUGAUGGCCAUUUGAAAUGUCCACAAUGUUACAAUGUUGUUUGUAUCUGAUGUUGUCUCACCAGCAGUGGACAACUCAUUGCCUUAGAUAAUUAUUUAAGGCAGACUAGUGUCUUUGUGGUGAAGUCUGUGUAUUGUCUGUCCACAGUGUUGGUGGUGUGUGUGAUCAGUGCUCUGACCACCUACCAUGGAUAUGCCAUAAUUCGCAUGGAGACCUGGAUCCUGUGUUGUCUGGCCCUGUCCCUGGUGGUCUUCAUUGGCUGUGUGGUUCUCAUCUGUCAACAGCCUCAAACCAGCAGGAAGGUCUCCUUCAUGGUACCUACACAGAUGACCAUAUUUUUAGGCUGAAUCAGCCUACUGCACCAUGCAUGACCCCUCAGUUUUCAAAAAAUGAUGUACAAUGAUUUCAUACCAUGUCAGUUUCAGGCUCUCAGGUUGCAGUUGUAGGAUACAAUAAAGUGUGUUAGUGAUGGUUAGACUCUCUGUUGUCUGUUCCUACAGGUCCCACUCAUCCCAUUUCUCCCCAUCCUGAGUAUAUUUGUCAAUGUUUACCUCAUGGUCCAGCUGAGUGGAGACACCUGGAUACGCUUCUCCAUAUGGAUGGCUGUGGGUAGGUGCCAUCCAACAUCUCUGAAGCCUCAAACACAUUGAGGUGAAUCUAUUUAGAUGUCCAUCUGCUGGCUCGUCCCAGGCCUGCAGAUGGUCAACCCUUUUGUAACCAGGCCUCCUCGGUCUCCUGUCUUCCUGUCUUCUUCCCUCCAGGUUUCCUAAUCUACUUUGGCUACGGAAUGUGGCACAGUGUGGAGCGCCAGCGCAGGCUCCAGGACUCCCUCAGCAGCAGCGCCAAGCAGGAGGAGAAGAAGAAGACCAGCCAGUGUUAAAGAAAGACCAGGGAUCCACACAGACUCUAGAAGGUCACCUGGUGACCCCUGCCCCAGCCAGGACACAGACACGCUAUUCCUAGAUACACUACAGAUUUAGGAUCUUAAUUUGAUC